CAAGACUUGUUGUCAUGGCCAGAAUUGUCGCCACGACUAUUGCAGACUCAUGGUGUCAAGUGUGUUGGUGCUAGACUUAGGCAAGCAACUUCGGCGCCACGAUGGCCUGUACAAGUAAUGUCGUCAGCAAUGGUCAGACACCACUGGCUUUAUUGUACAGGACAGUGGCGACGAGCGAGCGCUUUGAGUUGAGCAGCUACCUCCAACCCGAGCCUUACGAAGGCGGCGAAAUAGCCAAAGAUCAACCAGGGGCGGAGCCAUUAUAUACCUUGUGCGUUGUGGUCAUUAGUGUUAUGUCUCGAGCCCUUCGAAAGUCACGUCCUCAUCGCUGGAGAAAGGAUAAAGUUCAAUUCUCCUUGAAGCUAUCAGUCUGCUCCGCGGCAAGCUCGAAACCAUCACCACCAUACAAUCAGGAGUUGCGUAGUAAUGUGACAGGCCCAAGGACAUGAGAAGUAUGUUACACAGCGAAGAUUGCAGAGGCUGAGAGUGUUGUGGAGUUGGUGGGGGGAGGUGGAAGACAGUCAAUAAGUCUCACCUUCAUGGAACUCACCAGCUUUAUGACGCACGGGCCACCACAACUGAGAAUGUGUCUUGCAGAAGGAGCUCAACGAAGAAAUGAAGAAAGCACAGUCAAUGGCAGCUGUCAAUAGGGCAUGCUGUCGCUGCGAGAUGACAAGACGGGCUCAGACGGACGCAGUACGCUAUCCAGCGUUGAGUU